UGUAUCUGACUGACAGCACAGAUUAGUCAGCUUGUUGUAACUAAUAAAAACCCUCUCUGUAGGAAGACAGCAGCAUUUAAACAACCUCCUUCCACUUUCCUGAUGAAGCUCUUGGUUCCUGUGAACGCUGCUUACUGGCUGACUGAGUUACUUAAAUCCGCCAUUAAUAUCGUUCACUAAUUCUGGGGAAGUGUUUUCUCACUUUCUUCUUAAGGGCACCAGCUAAAUAACGUUAUUUGAGUUAUUUGAGCUUGUUAACGUUAUAACGUUAUUUGAGCUUGUUAAAUCUACCUGGAGCAGCUAAAGCACUUGAAGCUGAAAAAAAAAAUUAUCUGGCAUAACUCUGCAGACGACAUUUUCUGCCACAGACAUCUUGACGGCUUUGGUUUGGUUCCACACUAAGCUAGUUAACUAGCUAUAUUACUGCAUUACAGUUAGCUAAAUUAGCUGGUAAGAUGCGAGAGGCCUGUAUGAGAACUGUAACUCAUCGUCAAGCUAGUCAACUUCUCCAUAACAAAUUUGUUGUUGUGCUUGGCGACUCAAUUCAGCGGUCUGUGUAUAAAGACUUGGUGUUGCUUUUGCAAAGAGACUCUUAUCUGUCGGUAUCCCAGCUCAAAAGCAAGGGUGAGCUGUCCUUUGAACAAGACUGUUUAGUAGAGGGUGGAAGACUAGGUCAUAUGAACAAUGGCACUGAGUACAGAGAGGUUCGUCAGUAUCGCACAGACCAUCACCUGGUCCGGUUCUACUUCAUCACACGAGUCUUCUCACGCUACAUGGAGAGCAUCCUUGCUGACUUCAAACAUGAUCUGAAGCCAGAUGUGGUCAUAGUCAACUCCUGUGUUUGGGAUGUAUCAAGGUACAACCGUAAGUGGGUCCCAGAGUACAAGGAGAACCUAAAUAAUUUUUUUGUGCAGCUGAAGGCUGUUCUGCCAGAAGAAAGCCUUGUGGUGUGGAACAUGACCAUGCCUCUGGGUAAGAAGAUCAUAGGAGGCUUUCUGGUACCCGAGAUUCAGGAUAUGGGCCCAACUCUUCGCUAUGAUGUGAUUGAGGCAAACUUCUAUGGUGCAAUGCUGGCAGAUGCAUAUGGGCUGGACGUUCUAGACCUUCACUUUCUCUUUCGGUUUAGCCUCCAGCACCGCAUGAAUGAUGGGGUUCACUGGAAUGCUUUAGCCCAUCGUCAGAUCACAUGCUUGCUGUUGGCUCAUGCUGCUCAGGCCUGGGGCGUAGAGCUGCCCAACCCUUUAGCCACAGACCAGAGUAAGACGUGGUUGCUGGAUUACAAGCAGACUCCAAAUCAAAGUGACUACAGGCCAGCAGGAUCCAUGGCAGAUUCUGGUCAUUAUGGAGUGCCAGUCUGGCAACAACAGCUGCAGUAUGAUGGCUUUGGACCCCAUUUUUAUGAGAAUGAAUUACCUACACUCUCUCAGUUCAGCACUGGUUACUUCAGCUUUGAGAACAAAACAACUGAUAAUGGUGGGAACUGCUACGUCCGCCGUGGUGGUAAUGGCAGAACUGCUCCUGCUGCCCCCUCCUGGCCAGGGAACAACUUUGUGAUGAAGCAAAAACACACAAAGCGCCAGUAUAACCCAUACGCUCGGUAUAAUCCUAAUAACCGGCCUUACAGAUACUGAAAAAAAGCAAUAAUGUGAUUUGAUUAUGGCUGAAAUAUACUGAUGUUCUUCAGAACCUUCAUCAGCUCGAACUAAAUGUAAAACUGCUUUGGAAGAAACUUAGUUCUUUUGUUUAAUGUAAGAUGUAAAUCUGUAAGCUAUAGCUUUUUUCACUUUUUUAUAAUGUGCCAUUGUGGAUUUCCAAAAUUAUCAUUAUUUACUUUUUUAACAGCUUACUGUUUUUGUGCUUCAUUGUUGGUGUUCUUACUCAUCUCAGGCUUUUAUUGGUGGUAUUUUAUAUGGACACCAUUGUAUUGUCUACAGUUUCCAAUUUUUGUAUUUUAUAUGCCAUACAGCCCUCAACCCUGCUUUGUAUGGAUACAAUACUGGCUGUUUUGGAGUCUGCCAAAAUAUUGUAUGGGGCUAUAUUGUCUUUUUGUAAAUGUCUUUUGUUGUUAUUUUUUAAAGUUGGCACUUGUGCAAGUUACAAAUAAAAUGUUGCAUGUACAAUAA